AAAAAGUCAUGGAGUCUCUGGUUUUGUUAUGUAACUUUAUGUAUAAAUAAUCAGACAAAGAGACCCCAUUAGAAAGUGCUGCUGCUUCUUCUCAAUCUUCUUUCUUUUUGUUUGUAAAACCCUAAAACAACACAACUCCAAUCGAUCCAAUUCCACCCCUCUAUUUAUCUCUUUCAAUCGAUCAAUCCUAGUUUCUGUUCGUAAAAUCCCAUGAUCUUCUGAUAAAUCAUUGGGUUUUUUUUUUCAAUUUCAAUCAUUUUCUUGAAAACAGCCCCAUUUUUCAAGAUCGUUGGGUGCAGAAGCUUGUUUAACGAUCUGGGAAUUUUGAUUUUGGGGAAAAAGAAGUGAAGAAAUUGGUAAGGCUGGCGGGUGAUGACGGAUCCGCCAGGUGUCCGCCAAGAUUUCUUGUUCUUGGAGUUUUCAUCGUCACUGUUUAUUGAAUCAAGAUUAGGGUUUGUUGAGGAUUGUAAUUAUUGUUGUGAUUAAAGUGAUGCUUAGCGUGCUGAGAGUGCACCUUCCGUCAGAUAUUCCGAUUGUGGGCUGUGAACUUUUGCCCUAUGUUCUUCUACGACAUCCUGAUAAGUCUGUUUCUUCCGAGGACGUCCGUGAGUCCUCACCCAUUGAAGGUCAUAUCUUGAGAUACAAGUGGUAUCGUGUACAAAGCGAUAAGAAAGUUACUAUCUGUAGCAUCCAUCCAUCCGAACAAGCGACUUUGCAAUGCUUGGGAUGCGUUAAAGCCAAAAUACCUAUCACCAAAAGCUACCAUUGCUCUCCGAAAUGUUUUUCUGACGCAUGGCAACACCAUCGUGUUCUUCACGAGCGUGCCGCCAGUGCCGUUAACGAAAAUGGAAAUGAGGAAGAAGAGAUAUUUGGCCGAUUUACUAAUGCAACAGCUGGGGUGAAUACUACGACCUUAUCUGCUUUGCAAGCUGCGACUCCUUUACAUCCAAUCGCACUUAAAAAUGGCGGUGAAACUUGGUUUGAAGUCGGCUAUGCUAAAACAUAUACACCUACAGCCGAUGAUAUUGGGCAUAUUCUUAAGUUUGAGUGUGUGGUGAUAGAUUUAGGAACAAAAACUCCUGUUGGAAAUCCAAACACGAUCCUUACGGCUCGUGUUAUUCCGGCCCCAACCCCGAGUCCAAGGCGGCUGAUAUCCGUUAGCAAUCUUGAUGGGUCGGGAAAUUUGGAUUUGGAUUUGGAUGGGCGUUUUUCGUCUGUGGGAAGUUUUACUGUGCUAUCAUAUAACAUAUUAUCCGACUCGUAUGCUACCAGUGAUUUAUAUAGUUAUUGUCCUUCAUGGGCGCUCUCUUGGCCUUACCGCAGACAGAAUUUAUUACGAGAAAUUGUUGGAUAUCGGGCGGACAUUGUUUGUCUUCAAGAGGUUCAAGAUGAUCAUUUUGAGGAAUUUUUUGCCCCAGAGCUAGACAAACAUGGCUAUCAGGCUCUAUAUAAGAGGAAGACUGCUGAGGUUAUCAAUGGCAGUAUUAUGACGAUUGAUGGAUGUGCCACGUUCUUCCGCAGAGAUAGAUUUUCACACGUCAAAAAAUAUGAGGUUGAGUUCAAUAAAGCUGCACAAUCUUUAACUGAUGCUCUGGUUCCUAAUGCACAGAAGAAAACAGCAUUAAACCGAUUGGUUAAGGAUAACGUUGCACUGAUUGUUGUUCUAGAAGCCAAGUUCAGUAAUCACGGUGUUGAUGCUUUAGGAAACAGACAACUUGUUUGUGUGGCAAAUUCACAUGUGAAUGUUCAUCAAGAUCUAAAGGAUGUGAAGCUAUGGCAGGUUCAUACUCUGCUUAAAGGAUUGGAAAAGAUAGCUGCAAGUGCAAAUAUACCAAUGUUGGUCUGUGGGGAUUUCAAUGCAGUUCCCGGAAGUGCCCCUCAUGCACUCCUUGCAUUCGGGAGAGUUGAUCCAUUGCAUCCGGAUUUAGCAGUAGACCCUCUUGGAAUUUUGCGACCUGCAACCAAACUGACUCACGCUCUUCCGUUGGUUAGUGCAUAUUCAUCCUUCGCAAGAAUAGGAGUUGGUCUUGGUUACGAUCAACAGAAGAGGAGAGUGGAUCCUGCUACGAAUGAACCCUUGUUUACAAACUGCACACGAGAUUUCAUUGGUACCCUUGAUUACAUAUUUUACUCAGCGGACAGCUUAACUGUGGAAUCAUUGUUGGAGCUUCUUGAUGAGGAUAGCUUGAGGAAAGAUACAGCACUUCCUUCUCCGGAAUGGUCCUCUGACCAUAUUGCACUUUUGGCUGAAUUUCGCUGCAAGCCACGUACUAGACGUUGAUCCAUUAUAGGGCAUGGUCAUAAAAUGGAAGUUUGAAGAUGCAAACAAGUAAAAAUUGUAAUACAAGUGGGUCCAUCGAUGAUCUACUUUCGAUGUUAUCAGAUUAGUUUUGUUUCUUGUUUCUUGUUUUUGUUUCCGAUAGAAGUAUAAUUUCAGCAGCACCUCAGGUACAGUACAAAGAUGGUUUACAUAGGAAUCAGGAGUAGUUCAAGGGUUUUUUUUUCUGUUCUUUUUCGUGUUUUCACAUAGUCUGGUGUUAGAGGCAAGGGGCGGGGGCAGGGGCGAGCGGUGGCGUGUGGAGUUUGGUUGUAUGAUCUCUAUGCUCUUUGUCAUUAGCAUCUCUAUGAAGUUUAUGGGUUUGGAAUCAUGUUACUAAUUGCUAUCUAUUGCCAAGUUACAAGGUGGCGAACUCGUUGCAACUCUCUUGUUCAAGUACCAAAUGAUUUUUGACCAA